AUGGCUCCAAACGCAGGCCUAGUCCACCUCAAAGAGUACGACAUCGAGGACAGCAACGUCGAGCUCAUCGGCUCCGACAUCGACCACCGCGUCAAGUACAACUCGGCCGCCACCGAGCCGGCCUGGAACGACGGCCAGAUCGGCCGGUCCCCGGGCCUCUUCGUCUGGCGCAUCGAGGACUUCCAGGUCGUCCCCUGGCCCCGGGAGAAGCACGGCAGGUUCCACUCCGGCGACAGCUACAUCGUGCUGCACUCCGUCAAGAUCGGUAGUAGCGGUAGUAGCCAGGAGAGGCUCAUCCACGACAUCUUCUUCUGGCUCGGCGCCCACACCACCCAGGACGAGGCCGGCACCGCCGCCUACAAGACCGUCGAGCUGGACGAGUUCCUCCAGGGCUCCGCUACCCAGCACCGCGAGCUCCAGCGCUCCCCUUCGGACGACUUCCUCUCCCUGUUCCCCCGUAUCUCCAUCCUCUCCGGGGGCGUCAGCACCGGCUUCCGCCACGUCGAGGAGGAGCAGCCCGAGAAGACGGAGACCAAGACGCUCCUCCGCGUGUUCAGCAACCCCUCCGGCGGCGCCGACGGCGUCAUCGUGCACGAGGUGGAGCCCACCUGGCAGAGCCUCGACGACGGCGACGUCUUCGUCCUCGAUGCCGGCGACAAGAUCUGGGUCUGGCAGGGCAAGGGCUCCAGCCCCUUCGAGAAGGCCAAGGCGUCCCAGGUCGCCCACGACAUGACACAGGCUAAGCACGCCGACGUCGAGGUCGUCUCCCAGACCGAGUCGAGGGCUAGCCGCGUGCUCAGCCUGCUCGGCAGCGACGACGGGGCACCUAGAGCCGGCCUCAGACACUCCCGCCCCGUCGCCACCAGGUCGCCGCCGUCACAAGGCCAGGACAAGAAGCUCUUCCGCCUUAGCGACGCCUCGGGCGCCCUCUCCUUCGAGGUCGUCAAGCAGGGCCCCUCCCUGUCGGCGGGCGACCUGGACGGGAACGAUGUCUUCCUGGUCGACGAUGCCGGGUCGGCAAUCUGGGUCUGGGAGGGCCAGGGCGCCAGCCGCGCGGAGAGGGCCAGCUGGCUAAACGUGGCGAGGUCAUAUAUCCAGCACGUCCAGAACUCGCAGCCCGGCGCAUACACAAUCCCUCUGGCCAAGGUCGUCCAAGGAAACGAGAGCAGGUCUUUCCUCAGAGCGCUAGAAGGGCAUUGA